UUCACACAUACACACGCGAACACACACAAAGAAACACACCAGUCCCACCUCCCUGUAACCAAACUAGUGAAGCCAAUCCAAGCGAUUCUCCGCAGUGCUGAAAGAGCAGCGAAGUAAAGGAGAAGGAAGAGGAGUGAGAGAGGAGGAGCAAAAGAGAGGAGAAAGAGGGGAGAUUUGGGGAAACACGAGUCAGAGUGGGUGUGUGGCGAGAGCAGCAGAUACUGUAGGGUACGGGAGAGAUAGGAGGGGAAGAAACUGCAAAUUUGGUGUUUGGCUUCUCAGCGCACAUCAUCAUCUCAGCUGCACUGUUCAGUUCUUUGCUCUGCAGGAUGAGUUCGUUCAGCACCAGAGCGCUCACUCUGCUCUCGUCGGUGUUCGGAGCUUGUGGGUUGCUGCUGGUGGGCGUUGCUGUAUCAACGGACUACUGGCUGCUGAUGGAGGAGGGAAUCGUUCUGCAGCAGAACCAAACCAUGGAGGUCAAGAUGGCGCUCCACUCCGGGCUCUGGAGAGUCUGUUUUGUUGCAGGACCUGAGAAGGGCAGAUGUGUUGCAUCGGAGUAUUUCACUGAACCAGAGAUAGAGAUCACAACAGAAAACACAGCCAACAUACUAAGUAAAAUGAUUCUUGUUAUAAAGURUACCAUGAUAUGUGGYUUCAGUUGCAUGUGUCUGUUGGUUUUUGUCUCCUCAGGUCUCAGUCUGGUGGUGGGUUUGGUUUUAUACAUUUCCAGUAUUAAUGACGAAGUGAUGAAUCGACCCAGAGAGCCAGARCAGUUUUUUCACUACCACUACGGCUGGUCCUUUGCCUUCGCUGCCUCCUCCUUCCUGCUCAAAGAGGGUGCAGGAGUGAUGUCUGUCUACCUCUUUAUGAAGCGUUAUGCAGAGGAGGAGCUCUACCGCCCCCAUCCAGCACUCUACCGCCCCCGUAUGUCUGACUGCAGCGACUACAGUGGCCAGUUCCUUCAUCCAGACUCCUGGGCUCCACCACAGCGGGGCCGAAGUCCCUCUGACGUCUCCUCUGACAUCUCCAUCCAGCUCAACCAGACCCCGCCGCCUCAGCAAACCCUAAAGGGCGGCAGUAGCUCCCAGGCAACGCCUUCUUCUUCCGGACCUUCAUCAGCUGCCAGCUACCAGCUCCAUCCUGCGUCUUCCUCCUCCACAUCCUCCUCAUAUCCKCACCCCCUUCACCCAGGUGCCACCUCUACCCUGACUAGGGUGCCACAUGCUCUCGCCCACUCGCAAUCACAUCCCCAUUCGAGCGGGCCCCCACCUCAGUCCCUGCCGAUGGUAGCACCUCCCUCUGCCGUGCCUCCUCCUCACUACCACACACACACACGAAUGAGUGCCUCACCAUGCUAGGCUGGGUGAGCAUGGAGUGGGGUGGGGGGUGGGAUACAGCUGGGGUUGAUACACCAGGUGGGGGUUGGGGGGCUUGCCUGUGUUAUAGCUCCUAAGGCACUCACCAGAUGCACACAAACGCUAAUCCUGCUCCCUUAAAGUGUGUGGGAGGAAGGAUACAGCAGAGCAACUGAACGAAGGAGGUUCAAGGAGCAGAAAAGAAAAAGGGGAGAGGAGGAAAAAAAAAGGAGGGAAGGGUGGAAGAAAAGCAGGUGGGCGAAAGGAUGAGUCACUGUAAUGCUGAGCCUGAGAUGAAGACAGACGCUUAACAAAACUUUAACAUGCUGGGAGGGGAACACGCGAUGGGAGGAGAGAGGAAUAUGAUGAUUAGUAGCAACAAGACACUCAUGGGGUUUUCUGAUGAAUACAUUCAUCAUCAUGAACUUGAUACAAAGGCAACAGCGUGAAGCAGCAAACAACUUAGGGAAGAAAAACACUGACAACGCUGAGUACUGUGGAAACAACAAUUGAUCAACAUAAAAUGUAUAAUUUAAGCAUUUUAUUAUUUGAGUAACCAGAUAAGAYUUGAUAUAUAGCAUGGUGGGAUAGUUUUCUGACUUGUACAUUUCAUAAUAAAUGCUGGUGAAUAUKUUUCAUCCCUGAUAKUGAUCUCAGUUAUUUGGGACYCAGUCAUUCAUCAGCCCUGAACAUUUGAACAGUCUUUCAUAUUCAAAACUCAUUAGUUUUAAAUAAAUAACYCAUUUUAUCAACAUUUAUUUUUCAGUAUAGACUCUGUAAUAACUCAGAACAAUAUCAAUGGCCUAACUACRYUUUUGUMAGAAAUGURGCCGACAUAAAGACACARACAUUAGACCUACAAAGUCUACUUUAAUAUGAGUUUCUUCUUGGUUAAUUUAGACACCYUUGAUCAGAGACAUGAUUAUCUGAUCAAUAUUUCCCUAACUUUUUUAUUAAAAAUGUUUGUGGUGAAAAAUAUAUUUACCUAUCAACAAUAAAACUGUCAUUUGAAAAUAUGAGAAGAGUUUUUUUUAUUUAUUUCUGUUUUGCUAAAUGUUGACAAGACUGCUUUCCCAGCAUCUUGAUAACAUAAAAGAAGAAAGUAAACAUGAUCCGCGUUGCUUUCACCUUUUGCCUUUGUAUCAUGACCUACAUUAUGAGGGGUUAACUGUACAUGCAUAGAGAGUUUUACGCCUGAUAGCUUCUUGUAUAGAUUCUUCUUCUAAAUUUUUGCCAAAACAAGAAAAUCUAAACCCAAUCAAAACUUGUUGGGUGGUAGCAUUAAUGGAUAGUUUUUGUACUUAAAGAAAAAAAUAAAAACUUUGGGAAUGAAUGUGCUGCAAUUUCUGGAAUGAAACUAAAUAUGUAACUCAGAGACUUUCUGUGGAUCUGGAUAGCUGGGGAGCCUCCGUAGAAUCGAAGGCUUCAGUGAUUUGCAUGAAAUGUGGAAAUCACUAAUGGUAAAAUCGAGAUAAAGGACAUUUAACAAUCAGUUAAGGUAACUAUUUUAAGGACAUAUUAUGAUUAAUUGCAUUUGAAUCCAUUUGAGUGACAUUGUACUUCUCAGAUUGGUAGAUUUCAACRAAGUUUGAUAAGAAGCAGAAAGUUUAUAGAAGAAAUGAACAGAAUUACUGGAAGUGCACUUUGAGUAACUCAAACUUGUUGGGGAGCAAACUGGAAACUUGUGUUUAUUUCUUGUGGUGUUUUACUAAUGUGACAACUACUAUAGUCAUAAGUUCAAUGCUGAAAAGUGAUUCAAAACCAGUGAAAACAAAGUUUUGCUGGUUAAAGAAGUGCAAAUAUGUGCUACUUUACAAUUCAAAUCCCACAUUUUAAUUUGUCUCYGAUCUGAAUUGAUCUUGUUUCACAGUAACUGCAGUGAUUGCUUGUUUUUGUAGCCGAGUAGCAAUCAUGCUUAAAAUAAGCCAUUGUUUUUAGCAUUUUUAGAUUUAUGGGGAAAAACUAUAUGCUUACAAGCUGUGAUACUAUGAUAAAAAAAAGAAACAUUUAGCCGAUGCAGUGUUAAGAAUAUUUUAUGAUUCUUUGUUAUGUAGCUAUUAGAUAAGAAAUGAUUUAGCUGMUGAUGAGAAAUUUUGAAUAUAUUUUGCAGAUGUAUUUUUUAUUUUGAACUGCUAAGAGUUGAGCAUCCAUGCUUAUGAAUACUCACAUGCAAUCAUAGUACACAWAAGCUGACCAUAGAGAUCUCUGCAAAAAUCCAAACAAAGUGUUUAUUUUGAAAACACUGCAGCAGAGAAAGGAAGCUUUAAAAGAUAUUUAUUUUUAUUUUAACUUUUGUUAAAAGCUUUAUUUUUUUUUUUUUAUGAGGCUGUGAUUUGGUGUAAAGGUUCACUCUGCAAUYAACCCAGGCUGAAUUAUGUAAGAGUUGGUGGACAUCUUGAGUCAGUUAUAUUAGACUCAAUUGAUACCUAUUGAAAACAUUUUUUAUUUAAAUGAGCUGCUUUGUUGCAUAACUUUAUUUUUUGUCAUGCCUGAAAGUGUACCAUUUGCAGUGUUUUGUUAACUUUGAACUCAAUAAACUUUUGCCUUGCUCUAGA